AUGCAGAUCCCCCAGAUACUCCUUGGUCUCGCUGCCACUGCUGCAGCAAUCGAUGUCUAUCUUUUUCCUGGAAAGGGCUGCAAGGGCAAUUCCGGCGUGUGUCGCGGUUUGAACCCCGGCGUAUGUUGCCCUGGGGGCAACGGAAACGACCUAGGAAGCGUUGGUUUCUACGGCAUCCCGACUGCGUGGCGUAUCGACGCCAAGGGCCACAACGGUGGUCAAUGUGCCAACACCAUCGCACAAUCGUUCGUCUCAGGCACCACAUGGGUCUGCAUUGACGGUUCCCGCUACUCUGGGGGCAGCUACGUUUUCUGGGGCAAGAAGCGCGGUGAGGGAGAGUCCUCAGACGGCGCAAAGUUGGAUGCCUUCCUGCUCGAAGAUGGAACUGAGCUCAACAUUGCCGAUUUGGACGAAAACUCCAUCUCUGAACUGUAA